CGGCAGGAAUGUGGGAUGUCUGGAGUGGGGGUCAGGAAGCCAGGAAAGAAUGCCAAGUAUGUCCAUGUUUGUCCCCGGGCCUCCCACCCUCCUCCGAGGUGACGUUUCCGCCGAGGGCCGAGGGCUAUAAAGGCGGCGGCGGCGGCGAGCUCUCGGCACAACUCACAGCGAGACCGACCCGAGCUAAAGUCUAGCUUUCACUCCAAGAGCGAGAAGACGGCGGACUCCCCGAGAGACUCCCCCCCAACCCCGACGACAGAUCGACUCGAUCCAGGAAAAGGAAGACUUUACUCUCCUGACGGAAGAAUCUUUUUAUGCCCCUCAAGAUGCCCGCCGCAAAGAAAGUGAUUUUGCUGCCCCUGGUGUGCGUCUUCUUCUGGAACGCGGCCGCCGGUCAGGAGUGCGGAGGCCGGUGCUCGUGCCCCACGGCGCCGCCCGAGUGCGCCCCGGGCGUCAGCCUGGUGCCGGACGGCUGCGGCUGCUGCCGGGUGUGCGCCAAGCAGAUGGGCGAGCUGUGCGCCGAGAGGGACGCCUGCGACACCCACAAGGGCCUCUACUGCGACUUUGGCUCGCCCGGCAACCGCCGCAUCGGCGUGUGCACAGCGCGAGAGAGCGCCACCUGCGUGUUCGGAGGAAUGGUGUACAAGAGCGGCGAGAGCUUCCAGAGCAGCUGCAAGUACCAGUGCACGUGCCUGGACGGGGCGGUGGGCUGCGUGCCCCUGUGCUCCAUGGACGUGCGACUGCCCAGCCCCGACUGCCCCGCCCCCCGCCGCGUCAAGGUGCCCGGCAAGUGCUGCGAGGAGUGGGUGUGCGACGCCCCGCGGCACACCGACACCUUCAUGGGCUCCGUCCUGCCCGCUUACCGCCAAGAGGAGACCUUUGGCCCAGAUCCGUCCAUGAUGCGGGAGAACUGCCUGGUCCAGACCACCGAGUGGAGCGCCUGCUCCAAGACCUGCGGCCUGGGCGUCUCCACCCGGGUCACCAACGACAACCGCGAGUGCCGCCUGGAGAAGCAGACCCGGCUGUGCAUGGUGCGCCCCUGCGAGUCCCACCUGGAGCAGAGCAUCCGGAAAGGGAAAAAGUGCAUCCGCACGCCGCGCCUCUCCAAGCCCAUGAAGUUCGAGAUCUCGGGCUGCACCACCACCAAGUCGUACCGCCCCAAGUUCUGCGGCGUGUGCCUGGACGGCCGCUGCUGCACCCCCCACCGGACCACCACGCUGCCCAUGGAGUUCAAGUGCCCCGACGGGCAGGUGAUGAAGAAGCACAUGAUGUUCAUCAAGUCGUGCGCCUGCCACCACAACUGCCCCGGCGAGAACGACAUCUUCGAGUCCGUCUACUACAAGAAGAUGAUGGGCGACAUGGCGUGAGGCCCGCCCGCCGGCGCCGCCUUUCCUGACUUGAAAACAGAACUCAUCUCGCAGCUCCGUAUGUACACAGGCCUCGUUUUUUGUGCUUGCUUUGUCAAAGUAGUCACGCACUUUUUUUGUUUUGUUUUGUUUUGUUUUGUGUCGCGUGUAUUUGUGCGUGCAGCCCUGUGCACUUUUUCAGACAGAGGGAGAGAUUCCUGCACUAAUAAUAUUGUGGAAAACACGCCCGUCCAGUUUUUUUAACUGUAUUUUUAAAUCUAAAAUCUUGACCUCCCCUCUAAAUGAGGUGUGAAAUGAGUCCCCCCCCCCCGCCCCCCACCUCAACCAGACCUGCGAACGCAGCGGGCCGCUGUUCUGCCCCUGUUGCGUGUUCAAGCGCGCAGGCCCGAACGCGGGCCUCGUCCCAAAAAGGUCGACGUUUCCGUCCGGACGCGAGUGGGCGUGACCACGGCACUGAGAAGAAUGAAAGAUUACCGGAAGAAUAAGAAGGAGAACAAAAAAAAAAAAAAAAGACUGGAAGAAUUGUCAGUUCAUUCCGAGAUGAAGCAUGUAAAUGAUGUAUAUGUUUGUACAGUGUAAGUUAAUUUAAAAGCCUAAAAUGUUCUGUGCUUUUUCCAAAAAAUGUAUCAAUAGUGUUUUUGUUUUGUUUGGACAACAGUAUUUUUUACUAUUUUAUUGAGCAGUGUGACAGAUUGUUACAUGUUUUGCCUUGUAGCUGGAAAUAAAAUAAAAAAAUGCUAUA